AUGUCCGCGAAACAGCGACCUAAGCAGAAAGAGACAACCGCUGGUCAAAUUAACUCUUCCACCACAUUGGAGAAAGGUGGUUCUGGGAGACUAGGGAAGUUUCUAUCCCAGGAGUCGAUCGACAAAUCAACUCUUACGCAAGCGAAUGGGGAUUUUGAGGAAGAAGACGAUGGUUUUGUUUUCAAAAGGGCGUCCCAGCAGCAAGUACAAAAAAAGGUCCCGGGAAAACGUGGACGUCCUCCUGGGUCGAAGAAUAAGCCAAAGCCUGCCGUGAAAAAGGAGCCACAAAAGAGACAAAAAGUUACUCGAAAAGCACCCGAGCCCAAACCUCCCAAGACCAGCCUUUUGGACGAACUCGAACAAGAUUCAAUAGAGGAUUCUGAAGAAGAAGAUAAGAUAUUCUCCAUGGAUUCUUCUUUCCAACCACCAAAAGCCGCAAAGAAAUCAAACAUUAUUCCGAAGAGCAAGACAUCAGAAAAACGCACGCGUAAGCCACGAAGCACCAAAACUCCCGCAAAGGAGCCCCAAAAUGAGACACAACUUGGGGCAGCAACUGUCCACGAUUUGAUACCCGAAAGCCCCAAACCUGUUCUCCCAAAACAAUCUACUCUCUCCAAAAUUUUAUCUCAGGCGCGAACUAAGGAGGUCAAACCGGAAUACGAGACUAAAAAACGCAGAUCGUCGUUGAGUAAUAGAGGCAAACGAUUAUCGUCAGUAGGUAACGGUUUUAUUGCUGAGCCAGACCGCGAAAUACCUGUCGAGGAACUAUAUAAGCAUGUCUCACAAGACCUACCGGAUCCGCACAAAAUGAGACAACUGAUGGUUUGGUGUGCCAAAAGAGGAGCGAGUAAAGCUCCCAGAAAGAAAAUCAGUACCGCAGAGAGCAUAGCCAAUGUGAUCGAAGAUGAACUAAUCAGAGACCUAGCCGACGGGAAAAUAAAUACCAGUUGGUGGCUGGCAGAAGACGAUGUCGACGAAGGCGACCACGGCAGUAACGCAAAUCUUAAUAAGCCAAUCAUUGUUUUGCCCAACAAGGCCAACCAAGAAAACAUGCACACGCUUGAACUGUACGAAAAAAAGCUCGCGGAACUUAAUAAAGAGGAAGCCCAAUGGAUGGAAGUCAGAAAAAUAGCAAAACUGCCCAAAAUUCAGGUCGAUACAUCACUGCAACAUGAUAACCUAAUACAAGAGAAGCUGGGCGAAAUUGUGGAUCACUUAGAGUCAUUGGAGUCUUACAAAGCGCGACUGGACAAACUUCGCUUACUGCGCGUUCUGGAAAACAUCAAACUGAUGGUGCAUAAAUUAAAGCAAUCUAAAAAUGCAGUCAACACAUUGACUGAGGCUACAAUCCGUGAGAUAUCGCGCAAGAUGACUCAACUGAUUGACCACGAUAACGACGGCAAUAAAGUGUCGUCGCUGGAUCUGCUCAAAGGGUUUUCUGAGCUGGGGUAA